AUGGCGAAGACGAAGCAAACCGCGCGUCGGAGCACGGGCGGCAAAGCUCCGCCGAAGCGGAUAGCGACGAAGGCAGCCCGGCUUUGUCGUGAAGAGCAGGAUGCUCGGGAGACUAUGAUGUGGAAAUUAUCGAAAAGACGUGAUGUUAAGAAGCUCUCUAAGAGCACUGAAGGCACUGAGCCGUACCCGUACCGCGUUCGCGUUGGGUUGCAGCAUAGGAGAUAUGAUCUUGACCUGACCGAGAUGGUGCGGCUCUUCGGACGACAUAUCAUGAUCCAUUUAGGCGUGAGAGGAGACCGCAGAAUUCUUAUGGAUGAACUUUCCCUCAUUGAUCUGACAUAG